AAAAGGUUUGAGGACCCAAAUGAUGUUAUAAGAAUAGUUUUGAGGACUAAAGACCCAAUUCCCUUAUCGUCGUACUCAAGCAUCGGCGCCGUUUAAAACCAUUUUCACCGACAAAUCUGAACUAAGUACCGGUGAUCCCUCUCCAGUAAACGUCAAGAAGGCUUGUUAGAAAUCAGACGAGAGAAGGCUAUGGCAGGUCGUGAUGAAUCAAGUGUGUCCAGAAAGCAAUCAAGUGACGGUGCAGAUGAGAUAUCAACUUUCAAUGUAAAAUAUGCAAAACAACGCGAAAAUUAUAUACUACAGCCGCACAUGUCUAUUAUCGGAGGAGUCAUUGCUGGACUUUUGGGAUUUACUGGCUUAAGGGGAUUUAUCUUCUAUUUCCUUGUCAUGGCAAUUACUUCAGUAGGAAUUGCUGCCAAGGCUGGGUUUUAUGUUCGUCCUUACUUUGAUAGCUGGAACCAGAUUCUACUUGAUGGCUUUCUAGGCGGACUUCUGGGUGUUUGAGUUAUAUUGAAGGAGUUCCUUUCAAGUUUAGAUCAGACCAUGAUAAGUAAAUAAUGAGGAUAAGGGUCAUGGGGAAUUAUAGUAGAAGUAAGAUUAACAUCUUCUCGUCCAAGUCGGCCUCGAGUCUUUCCAUACAUGCAACAUCUUGUUCAACCAAUUCCUUCUCAGAGAUAGAAGAAGCUAAAGGACGGUUAUCAAAACAAUGGGAUAGAGAGCUUGUCCUCAAAUCCAUACGGGUCAACAAAGGUUGAAGGAGCUUUUGGCUCAAUAGAAGGGGCGUUUGGAUUUAGAAUAGAAUGAGAUUUGACGAGAGUUGGUCACAUGAACAAGAUUGGUGGAUUGAGCUUUCUCAGAGUUCUACACAAAAUGGCAAUAGAUAAUCUAAGAUUUCUUCUAAUUUUAACUACACUUUUCAAAUAAUCCUCGUACUUUUGAAUUUAUAAAGAGAGUUGAGUAAAUGCCAAAUGGAUUGAGAAAAUGAAUUAUUUUCAAAAGAUGACGUAUUUGGGUCAAUUGGCCCACUGGUUGGGGGUCAUAUGUAGAUUGAAUCAUUUUAUAAGUGAUCACUUAUACAUUUGCACAUUUAUGUACAUAUGAUGUUAUGAGAUUAAAAUUUCUUCAAUCAAAUUAAAAGAGAAACCCUUCUCAACUCUUUUAUUGACACCUCAUUUAUCUGUAAAUUUUUGGUAACUCUCUAUGUACAAGUAAUGUUAUUCUUCUAUAUUGUUGGUUUAGU